GAUUCCUAGUUCAAGAGGGAUCAAACCAACUAGGAUUGGCUAAUGAACGGCGUCGUAUCAGUUUGCGCCAGGGCACUUUUAACGACAAUACCCCUUUAAAUCAACCAACCGCAACUAACAACUAUGCUCCGUUCACUACCACAACAUUUAGCCACAGCCAAGAAUACGGAUUAUUGCCGAAUUCUGGCUCCAAAGAUGCAGUUUCUAGACAAAGGGCAAGUUCACCACCAUGCCGUCAUUGUGGAAACAGAUUAGAGUUGCCAGGUAAGCCUCAACUACGCCGAGCUAAUACCGAAGAAGGGGUUGGCUUUGCAACACCCGCCUCUCAAGGAGGAGGCAUCUCAAGCAAAACUUCUCUGAGAAAUAGUGAGACAAACAGAAGUGGAUAUACAAACUCAAAACAGCUGACUCGGACUAUUGCCAGUCAUCGACCGCCAUUGCUACCGUUGCAAAUGCCUUCACAAGCACCACCUCCGUUGCCACUUCCAAGACAUCCAGAUAGACCUGGUAGCCCCAUAGGGGCGGCGCUAUCUCGCGAGGCUUUAGAUGCCGACGUACCUGAUAUGGUGGUCUAUCGACUUCAAGUAAUAGGUACAGAUGGAGUAGGAAAAACAUCGGUUUGUCAACGCUUAGAAUCCUUAGACAACGUGAACCAUGACUUACGUAAGCUAUUCAAUUUGAUCAGAUGUAAAGCACUUCAUUAA